GCAGCUCCUCGCCAGCCUGGCUCCUCACCGCUCCGCUCCUUACGCUCCAGGUACCAGACGCCGCCGACUGGAUCCGCUCGUGGCUCCAUCCUCAGUCUGCUUUCCCGCCCGGCCGGUCGUGAGGCAGCUCCGGGGACGAUGGCAGCGCGGGGGUCCCGGCCCGCGGUCCUGCGCCUCCUGCUCCUUGUCCCGCUGGUCUCCGGGCGCCGGGGUCCGGGCAGCGCGCCCGGAGGAUUAGCUGAACCAUUCUUUGUUGCAAAACAUGAAGAUAGCUUGUUUAAGGAUUUAUUCCAAGACUAUGAAAGAUGGGUUCGUCCUGUGGAACACCUGAAUGACAAAAUAAGAAUAAAGUUUGGCCUUGCAAUAUCUCAGCUGGUGGAUGUGGAUGAGAAAAAUCAGUUAAUGACAACAAAUGUCUGGCUGAAACAGGAAUGGAGAGAUGUAAAGCUCAGGUGGGACCCCAAUGACUACGGAGGGAUCAGAGUCAUACGAGUCCCUUCAGACUCUCUCUGGACCCCAGACAUCGUGUUGUUUGAUAAUGCAGAUGGGCGUUUUGAAGGGGCCAGCACGAAAACCGUUGUCAGGUACGAUGGCACUGUUACCUGGACCCCACCAGCGAACUACAAAAGUUCCUGUACCAUAGAUGUCACAUUUUUCCCAUUCGAUCUCCAGAACUGUUCCAUGAAGUUUGGUUCUUGGACUUAUGAUGGGUCACAGGUGGACAUAAUUCUAGAAGACCAAGAAGUAGACAAGAGGGAUUUUUUUGAUAAUGGAGAGUGGGAGAUUGUAAGUGCAACGGGAAGCAAAGGGAACAGAACCGACAGCUGUUGCUGGUACCCGUAUGUCACUUACUCGUUUGUGAUUAAGCGUCUGCCUCUCUUUUAUACCUUGUUCCUCAUUAUCCCCUGUAUUGGGCUCUCGUUUUUAACUGUACUUGUCUUCUAUCUUCCUUCAAACGAAGGUGAGAAGAUUUGCCUCUGCACUUCAGUACUUGUCUCUCUGACUGUCUUCCUUCUGGUUAUUGAAGAGAUCAUACCCUCCUCUUCAAAAGUAAUACCUCUGAUUGGGGAGUAUCUGGUGUUUACCAUGAUUUUUGUGACUCUGUCAAUUAUGGUGACGGUCUUUGCCAUCAAUAUUCAUCAUCGUUCUCCCUCAACACACACUGCUAUGGCUCCGUGGGUCCGCAAGAUAUUUCUCCACAAGCUUCCAAAACUGCUCUGCAUGAGAAGUCAUGUAGAUAGGUACUUCACCCAGAAGGAGGAGACUGAGAGGAGUAUUGGACCAAAAUCUUCCAGAAACACAUUGGAAGCUGCACUUGAUUCUAUUCGAUAUAUUACACGACAUGUCAUGAAGGAGAACGAUGUCCAUGAGGUUGUUGAAGAUUGGAAGUUCAUAGCCCAGGUUCUGGAUCGGCUAUUUCUGUGGACUUUUCUUCUGGUUUCAGUUGUUGGCUCUCUUGGGCUUUUUGUUCCUGUGAUUUAUAAAUGGGCAAAUAUAACAAUUCCUGUUCAAAUUGGAAAUGCAAUUAAGUGAUGCUUCCCUAGGGGUUGUGGUAGGAAUUCAGAUACCAAAAGGCAUAUACACCUUAUGGCACCUGUAGACUUCUGAAAAUGUCAAUUGUGUUUCAAAUUUCAUGCAAGCUUUAACAGAAUAACAGUUGCUCAUAUCAGUUUAUCUUAAUAGAUGGCCCAUCUGCAUGAGUAAAGUAACAACUAACUGAGUACCAUUUGGUCUUCUAAAAAUAGCAGGAAAAUAUUAUCUGACCUAUACUAGUAAAGCUCUAAUGUUUUUAUCCUGGCUAAUAAUACUUUGUAAUUUGUAAUAUUUGUAAUCAACAGCGAAGUUCAUAUUUUAAUGCACUGGAAAAUGCCUGUUGUUUUUGAAGAUGGACUUCAAAACUUUUCCUGCGUUUGGUAAAGGUACACAUUUCUAAAUUCCUUCUGUCCCACAUCUACUGGGGAACAUUCAGUCUGUAGUACAAUGUUAUAUUGCUAUAUUAGAUAAGCUGACUACUUAGUAGGAUAAUGAUUGACUAUGAUGCUGAUUUCUAUAACCAGAAUUAAAAAAAAGUAAAAAAUGGCAAUUGGGAACUCCUUUAAGUCCUACUUUAUUCUUCAGAUGCUUAAACUGAAUAAUUUUUAUGUUAUUUUCACAGCUCACUUUGUUGUGAAAUCAUACAGCAGACUGCUCCCGUGGACAUGCAGUGGCAUAUCUUUAACGUUAAUUUCAAUCCUCUGUCCACAUUUUCCACAAUUAGUAGAACCAUCUUCUAUACAAAUUGUGGUAACAUCUCUUCAUCCUUCAUCUUAGAAGAGUCCAUAGUAAUUAAGUGAAUCCCAUUUUAAAAACAUGUUAAUGGAUACUGCUAAAUUGUUCCGUGAGAAAAUUAUCUUCUAAAAUUAAAGAUGGUAGUCUAAUUCAGUAUGAGCACAUCUAACAUUUUACAUACCUGUGAAGUUUCCAUUUUAUCUCUUUAAUUCCAACAUUUACAAUAGUAGAAUCUGAGAGUUGCAAGGACUGUUAACAGUAGUGUAGUCUUAGCCUGUUGCUACUUAUGCAGUAUAGUAUCAUGGAUCACAGGUAAGCAAGUUAAAUUUCAUCUCUAAAUGUUUCUGAAUUAGCUAUGACCAAGAAGAAUACACCAAUGGAACUUUUGUACUUGGUCUAGAACUUUUAGCUCUUGAGAGGACAAAUGCCUUAUUUGUUUAUAGUAUGUUAUCCACCUGAGUUCAAGUGAAUGCUUGAAUCUGUCUUUUCUUGUAGGUAGGCAUUUAAUUCCAUUUAAUAAGUGAAAGUCAGGUUUCAUUCAUUCAUUUACAUUGCCUGUUAGCUAUUCAGCAUGUAUGACGUCUGUCCAGAAAAAGUCCCACCAGGCCUGUCUAGGAAUAGUCCAGCCAUCAAGAACGUUUGCGCUACAUUGAUGUAACCUGGUAAGCAAAGAGAGAGUGGACUGGAAUGUGCAUGUGUGAACAAUGACAACUU